GGUGACUGGCACCUUCUCUCCGCCCCUAAUCUCUCCCUCUGGUCCUAGGUGACCUUUCCCCCAGAUCCCAGGGUCUAGGCCCACCCCCACAGGGAGGUGUGGAGAACGAAGGCAGCUGGGAUUGGCCAGACCCGGCGGGGGUGUGUCCAGGCCCCAGCAGCUCUGGCUGCUAAGCGGAGCAGGUGAAUGCUAGGGAAGAUCAGGAGCCGCCUGGGCAGCGGCAGGCCUGUCCCACCAGACCCCUGCCCUCCAGACAUGUCCCCAGGACCCCUUGAUCCCUAGCCCUGUGGUCCUUCAGGGGCAAAGGCAGACUGAGCGCCACCACCCCAGGGCCGGCGCCAUGCCCCUGACCCAGGCGCAGCCGGCCGCUGGCACAGAGGACAUGGAAACAGUUGCCCCAGCCAUGGACCUAGUGCUGGGAGCCUCAGCCUGUUGCCUGGCCUGCAUCUUCACCAACCCCCUGGAAGUGGUGAAGACGCGGCUGCAGCUGCAGGGGGAGCUGCAGGCCCCGGGCACCUACCACCGGCCCUACCGGGGCUUGGUGGCCUCCGUAGCCGCUGUGGCCAGAGCAGACGGACUGGGUGGCUUGCAGAAGGGGCUGGCCGCCAGCCUCCUCUACCAGGGCCUCAUGAACAGUGUCCGCUUCUACUGCUACAGCCUGGCCUGCCAGACUGGCCUCACCCAGCAGCCAGGUGGCACCGUGGUCGCAGGCGCUGUGGCUGGGGCACUGGGAGCCUUCGUGGGGAGUCCUGCUUACCUGGUCAAAACGCAGCUGCAGGCCCAGACAGUGGCCGGGAUGGCCGUGGGGCACCAGCACCACCACCAGAACGUCCUGGGCGCCUUGGAGACCAUCUGGCGGCAGCAGGGCCUGGCAGGGCUGUGGCGGGGCGUGGGCGGGGCUGUGCCCCGAGUCAUGGUUGGCUCGGCUGCCCAGCUGGCUACCUUUACCUCUGCCAAGGCCUGGGUGCAUGAGCGGCAGGGCCGGCUGUACAGGGGCCUGGCGGACUGCCUGGUGAAGAUCUGGCGGCAGGAGGGCCCUCUGGCGCUCUACAAGGGCCUGGGCCCCGCCUACCUGCGCCUGGGCCCCCACACCAUCCUCAGCAUGUUCUUGUGGGAUGAGCUCCGGAAACUGGCCAGACGGGGCCAGCGCCAGGAUGCCUAAGCCACAUCCCUCUGGCCCCCUCCCCAUCCUGACACCUUUCAUUACCCACUCCAGCUGGGAAUGGCCACCACCGUGGAGCCAGCCACAGGCCCAGGCCUGGCCGCAGGUCUGGGGAGAACGUGGGCAGCUGUAGUCAACCAGCCCCAUGACCCACCGCCUCGCUCCGAAUCACCACCCACUCUGUUCUCCAGAAAGUUCUCUCCCCUUCCUCCUCCGUCUGGGGUUGCCUUGCCCCAGAGUCUGGCUCGUCGUUACGCUAACCGCUGCGGGGCAUCGCCGUGAGCUGGGUCACUUACCCGCACCUGCGCGCUUCAUCCCGAAGCAGCAGCGUGAAUACGAUCCUCCUCUGCUGAUGAGGAAGCCGAGGCCCAGAGGGUGCCAUGACUGGGGCUCAGCCCCUGCCCAGACCAGGCCUGUGCCCUGGGCAAGGACCGGGCCCCUGGGGGCUGGCGCGUCUCUGAGGGGUCACUGCACACGUGAGGAGACCCCGGGGGCACCAAGGCAUGCCACCAUCUGUGGUGGCUGCCGUGACAAAGUGCCCCAGCCUAGGCGGCUGUGACGACAGAAGGGUAUCUUCUCACCAUCCUGGUAGCCGAUGUCCGAGAUGGAAGGGUCGGCAGGGUUGGUUUCUUCCGAGACCUUUCUCCUCGGCUUGCAGACGGCCAGCUUCUCUGUGUCCUUCCUUCUGUGCGUGUCUGCACCCUAGUCCCCUCUCCUUAUGAGGACACCAGGCCUACCAUGGCGACCUCAUCAUGUCCACUUAAUCCCCCUUUUAAGCACCCAGGCUCCAACUAAGUCACAUUCUGGGCACUGGGGCCUCGGACUUCAUUACAUGAAUGGAGGGACACAAUUCGGGCCAUCGCACAAACGAAGGGCUUUUACUAAGGUCUUGCGAGGCGCCCAGCCCUGCGAACGUGUGCACAGAUCUCGUAACAACCCUGAAAGAGAGCCCCCGCGGUGCCCGUUGUCCAGAUGAGGAGACCGGGGCAGGGCAGGGGAGCGACUUCCCCAAGGUGCGCCCUUGCAGUGCCAGGCGUCCUCAACCCAGCCCUGUCCCCAAGCUGCAGCCACACUCCCCACGUGGGUGGGUCCCUUUGUGCUCACCGGUGGACGCCCAAGUCCCUGGAAGGGGCAGGACUGGUCCAGGUCAAGCAGCCUGAUCCACCCUCCUGCCAACACCCCCUGUCUUGGACAAGCUGCCCCGCCCCCCCGGGGAACGCCUACCAACACUCCAGACCAAUAAAGUUUUCUAUUUUGUUUACUGCUACGA